AUGGGGAAAAUGGGGGAUGGGAAAUUUCCGUCUCAACAUCUUGUUGCACGUCAAGUUCAACCGCAAGCGUCUGUGACUAGCUUCGGCGCUACCAGAACUACAACAAUUACUACGACUGUGAGCGUUAAUGGACCUGGGGGAACAAGUCUUUUUUAUCCUUGGCCUGCGAUUACUGGGUCGUCGGAGGUUACUACGGUUACGGAUUUAGAGGGUCCCAGGACGGAAGCUGUGUUGGUUACGGAUAUAGUUGGUGUUAUCCUUGGGACUGAUGGUCGGGUUUUGACAAGUGCUACGUUGAAUCAUCAGGAUCCGCAGAAUACGGGGAUUGUGACUGGGGAGAGUGGGAGGUGUGUGGAGUUCAAGUGCUGGAGUAGCGCAACUCAGGCGGGGGUAAUAUUUCUGGCUGUGUUCUUGGGGUUGGUGGUUUUGGGAGUCAUUAUUUGGUGUCUUCUCAAAGGUCGAAAGCCUAGGAAGGGAGGAGAGGGAAAAGUUGGGACGAGGAAGAAGGGUCCUUUGGGAAUGGAUGGAACGGAGAGGGGGCAGUUCAUCGUGGAGGAUGUGGAGAGAGGAGAAGGAAGGGGAAGAAGACGACGACGAAGAAGAAAACACAGAGCGAGAUCACCUUCGCCUGAUCAGUUCACAGCCUCUGAUUCUGUGGAGGUUGUUAAGCCACGAUCAAGGUCGCAUCAUAGAACCUCAGGACAUUACACGAGACACUCACGAGAUGGACGACCUAGGGAAGAAGUAGACCCUCGUUUACCUCCUGGAACUUACGUAAACAGAGAAACGGUUGAAUCUUAUCGGCUACGUAGUGGAAACUAUACAGCAACGACCAGAUCCCUUUCUGUAUCACCGAGACCUGCUCGUGUAGCGUCGACCCGAAGUCGUCCAGCAACUGCAGCUAUGCCAAACCAUACUGAUAUUGGAUACGCCGCUUCAACGCCACGAUCAAUGUCAAAAUCUACUAGGACUGUACGCCCUACCUCAGCAUCACCACUUAUCACACCUUCUCGAGACCCAUUUUAUGCCCCUCGCGUACGAGACUUUGGAGCUCCAUCGCCAAGGCUCGAAGGCCGUGAGGUAACGAGACCACGAGAAAGAUCCCCUUAUCCUCCCGAGCGUCGGGAGCGUCGUGCUAGUCCGAAUGAAGACAAUAUCAUCACAGUCGAAGUAGAGGAAGAAAACCCCCCACCACAACGGCGAAGACAGAGGCGUCGACGAAGCACAGGAGAGGAAUACGAUGCGCGAGAGGAUAGAGAUAGGAGAAGACGAGAACGAACUGAUGCCGAAGACCGACAUCGAUCUUUGAGGUAAUACUGGGGUUGUUGGAGUUCCUUUCUUUGGUUAUUUCUUUUGUUUAUAUAUAUUCAUCGUACUAAUUUCGAAUCCUCAGCCAUAGUGGGAGAAAACAAGAACACGAAAAACCGAAGAGAAGCACCUUUAGGAAAAAUGCGAAGUGGCUGGCCCUUUUACCACUUGCGCUCAGAGCUAUCAAUAUACUCGCAGAACCAGAUGGUGGGUGGAAUCAAUAUCAUAAAGGUAAAGGAAAGGGGAAAAACAAGAAUCGCGUGAACAAGGUUCCAACUCAAGGGUAAGACUUCUUAUUGUUUCGGAUAAUUACAAGUACUCAUUCUUUCUAGCAUCGGUCCAGAUCUGUACGAUGACAAUUUUGAGCAAGAAGAGCAAAGACGAGAUCCAAGUUUGGAGCGGCGAGCACGGAGAUGGAAUACAACGAGUGGUCGGUAUCCCGAGAGUCAUAAUAGACGAUCAUCGUCAGCUGAUUCCGCAAGAUUACAUGCCUAUCUGGCAAUAGAAUCUCGAGCCCAGAGACAUAGAUCAUAG